AUGGUGGGAGCACGGCCCCGCAGCCCACAAGACUAUCUGCUGCAAGAAGAACCCCAGCCGGCCAAGCGCCACUGUGUCCGUGGGCCGGACUGCCCGAGGUGGCUGGCAGAGCCAGACCUGGAAGCAGGUAACUCGACAACCGGGAAGGAGGUCACCUCCGUGGUGCUGGUGCCAGCUGGCUUCGCCUUGAAACUCCACCUGGAAGACAUGGACCUGCUGCUGGAGCCCGACCCAACCUCAGUCAAGCAAUUGUCGCUCCCUGGACACACCAUCAUCCUGAUCCCAGAGGGCCUGCAGGUACUCGAUGAGCCUGGACAGCCUGCAGUUGUGCCCCGAAGCCCGCAGGAGGCGCCUCUCCUGGAUGUGUCCCAGGAACACCAAGUCGUCCUGCAGGAGGAAUUUCUCAGUGCAUCUGGAUCACACAUGCAAGGCUGGGGAAACGCCUCUCAUCCACCUGAGGAUCCGAAAGAAGACUUCAGGAUGCCGUGGACGCAUGCUCCUGCCGACAUGGACACGGGGCCCCUGGGCCCCUACUCGCAGAUGUACAGCCCCUUGUUUGAGAGCCAAGAGCCUUGGCCCUGGGAUCCAUCCGAAAAUCCCGCUGCGGACAGAUAUGCUCCCUGGUCCAUCUGGAGCCUCAAAGACAGCACUCUGUGGCCUCUGCCCAGCUCCCCACUGCAGAAUCUCCCUCCAUCUCCUCCAUCUCCUCCCACAAGUCUGCGAGCCCAGGACCCUGAGAGUCAUCACAAGCCUCCACGCUCUCCCUGCAAGGCCCGGAAGUGCCUCUUCGAGGAAACAAAGGACCCUUUCCCCGACAUACAGCACCUUGGACACUUACUUCCCUGA